AUGUCGGGCUCUUCGCGAGCGGCUUCAGCGACCCUUUUGGGCCGCGGUAUCAGGUCAACUGAAAAACCAGGUCAGGACUACCAAAUGAUUUUACCAACGCUGCCAACAGGUGCGUCCGUUCUGCAUACGGUUUUUUUUUUACAUAGUGACGUUAAGGCGAGGCCUUACAGAGUGGAACAUUUUCGAGACGCUCUUACACGGCUGUCUCUCAUGCCGGAAGUGGUUGCGCUGGGCGCAUAUCAAAUGAACCAUCUGUGGGCGAUGACUUUCAAGGACGAAGAAGGGAAAAAGAGGAUUAUCGCUGCAGACGCGUUUGAUGUCAAGGACCAGCGCUGUGUGGUCGUCGACCCGUGUGACAGAGGCGUCCGUAUCAAGCUCUACUGGCUCCUUCACGGCGUACCUGACGACGACGUUCGCACUGCCUCGUCGCCUUUUGGAAAGGUGACUGAGAUCACCAGGGACAGGUGGCGGGUACAAGGAUGCGUCGACAAAGGGUCAACCACCCGUACUGUCACUAUUAAGCUGAAAGCAGGCGUCACCGCUAAACACUUGCCCCACCAGCUGCGAGUGGCGGAAGAUGUUGCGCUCGUGCACGUCCCUGGCAGAGCUCCCCUCUGCCUCCGAUGCCGCGGCAUCGGGCACAUCCGACGCGAGUGCCGUGUACCACGCUGUGGGCUUUGUCGUCGUUUCGGCCACGACGAGACCCAGUGCGUCCGAACCUAUGCCACAGUGACAGGCCCGGCAUUGAAGGAAGAUGUCACAGAUCACUUGAUGGACGUGGUCGACGCAGUGGAAGCCGCAGGCGAAGGGAAAGAGACCCAGCCCUCGGUGUUAACGCCCCUGAAGAAGGCAACGACUGUUAAUGAAGACGAGUCAUCGGACGGCUGGAAAGACCCAUGGUAUGACACGUUGGAACCAACUAACUCAACAGAGGUCGAGGUAAAAGAGGCCAAAGAAACGUGCACAUCAACAGAAGUGACGACCGGCGAACAGCAUGACACUGGCGACACCGUGAUGGCAACGUCAAGUAGUGCACCUGCUAAGAGGCUUCACGAAGAGGCGGAUGAGCAAGAGGAAAAGGAUCAAGAGACUGGGAGUCACGAGCCUCCUCCGAAAGCUACCCCGGGACGCCGACCGGCGUUCAAGCCCAAGCCCGGCGUUCCAGCCAAACGCCGUUCUACAACCCUGACGCGGAGGCGUUCCUGGGUUAGAAAAAUUGUUGUUGGUGUCUGGGGACUGGGGUUUGUGGGCAGGAUGUACCCCGUGCCACAUAUUCACGACAUACUGGCAGGUCUGCAUGGGGCCGAACUUUUUUCAAAGAUUGAUCUCGUGCGGGCUUACCACCAGAUACCUGUGUCAACGGAAGACGUCCCCAAGACUGCUAUCACUACACCAUUUGGUCUAUUCGAAUUCCUGCGCAUGCCAUUCGGCCUUCGCAACGCGGGUCAAGCGUUCCAAAGGUUUAUCGACGUUGUUCUACGGGGCCUCAAUUUUCGUAACGCCUACAUGGACGACUUGCUUAUCGCGAGCACCACCCUAGAAGAAAAUGAAGAGCACCUGCGGAUCGUUUUUCGGAGUCUCUCUGAGCACAGCGUUAUCGUCAACGCGGCCAAGAGUGAACUCGGCGUGCCUGAGUUAUAA